CCCAUUUCCUGCUCCAGUGGAAGUCCGAGUGCCAUUUCUUCAACGGGACGCAGCGGGUGCGGUUCCUGGACAGGGAGAUCUACGACCGGCAGGAGAUCAACUACUUCGACAGCGACCUCGGGAAAUAUGUGGCCGUCACUCCAUUGGGGCAGCCCGAUGUGGACAUGUGGAACAGCGAUAAGGUCUUCAUGCAGUACCAGAAGGCCGCUGUGGAUUACUUCUGCCGACGCGCCUACGAGGUUCUCCAAAGCGGUUUCAUGAUUGGCUGGAGAGAUUCCUGGCAAAUUGCCUACCUGACAAUAGNGGUCCGGUGGCUGAAGAACGGGCGGCUGGAGGAGGAGGGCGUGGCCUUUGGGGAGGAGCUCCAGAAUGGAGACUGGACCUACCAGCUCCAGGUGAUUCUGGAGACCCAGCCCCAGCGGGGGGACGUCUACACCUGCCAGGUGGAGCACGCCAGCCUGGAGGCCCCCAUCACCGUCCAAUGGGAGCCCCGUUCCUCCAACUCUGCCAAGAGCAAACUCUGGACGGGGAUCGUGGCAGCCGUGAUCGGGGUGAUCUUCUUUGCCAUGGGGCUCUUCCUCUACCUGAAGAGCAAGACAGGUGAG